AUGACUCUUAAGGCAGUUGAGUCAAUGACUAGGUCUCAGUUUGACAAAUACGGUGUUCAAUCCUCAUUUGAUGCUAGUGGAGAUUUUCCCUCUAUUAUGUGCCUCUCACUUAAUGAUUGUGUAGUACAUGGUGUCGCUUCUGAAGAGGUAAUAAGGGAAGGAGAUAAAUUAACAAUAGAUUUAGGUUUUAGUUAUUUAGGGCUUAACAUAGACGGCGCGUUCAAUAUGUUUUUCGAAAAGCCCGAAAAAGCAGAUGAUAAGUCAUUGAAAAAAGGAAGAACGAAGAAAAUUGAAGAGUAUAAGUACUUAGAGCAACUAACCAAAGCUCUUUUUUAUGAGGCAAUUUCAGAAUUAAAAGCGGGAGAUACUUCAGGUUCGAUUACAUAUCGGAUUGAGACAUUCUUCAACAAAUAUUUUCCUAAAAAAUACUCGCUUUUGGAAAAAUUUACAGGCCAUGGAAUUGGGAAGAAGUUGCACGAUUUUCCGAGAAUUCAUAAUUUUGGAAUGAGAAAAGUAGAGGGAGUAAAUCUUCCGAAUCGUUCAACUAUUUGUAUUGAGCCUAUGAUAAUUGAACAAAAAGAUGGGAGUUGA